AUGGCUUCCUCCUAUCGGCCGCAUCCUCUGCGGCAGUCCCAAACUGCCGAAUACCCCGUGCAUCGACAGGCUUCGACGGUCUCGACAGCAUCGUCCUCAUCCUCAGCAUACUCAUCUCAUUCUCACAGCUCCUCGUCGACUAGCUACGAACUCGGCCGCUCCUCCAUGACUUCCUCGCCCUCUAGCAUAUACUCCUCCUCUGGCUACGGUGCCUACCCUGGCCACAAGCGCGGCCGGAGCGAGGUUACAUCAUCAUCGCUUCGCCAUCCUACCUCAACACUCACCUCAUCACAGACCUACUCUUCCAUCUCCCAAACGUCAACUCGGCCGGCCGAAAACAUCUACCAGACGGCGCGCCAGUCGCUCCGACCCCUCCCUCAGACCCCGCGGCCAACGACCCCUCCUCGAGCUCCCAUUCGCCAUGACCGAGGCCACAGCGUUGACAUCGGCAAGCUCUCAUUGACCGACUAUGGACGGAACACCUCUCCUGCGCCUGAUACGCCGCCUACCCCUCCUCAUCAUCACUCUCCUUCGCCCCAUCUCCGUCCCAAGUCGAUGCUCCUGACGCGCGCCGACUCUGUGGUUCGACGAGCCAGUGACGCAGGAAGCCCGCCGCCAUUGACCCAUACCCACACGACGUCCCUGACGACGCCAGAGCUCGAGAAGCUGUCCAAGUCUUCGACGAACCAGCUACGGACGCUGUCAAAAUUGGCCCAGGAUGGCGCAGAUGAGUUCGCUAUCAUACCAGCGGCCGAGGUCACGGGUCUUCGCGGUCGGCGGAGGUUGCAGAGGACUAACCGAGCCAACAAUCGGCGCGCGUAUGGCUGGGAGGGGCGCAACUGGAUGGACAAGCAGCGCCAGUUCCUGCAGGCGUACGAGUACCUUUGCCACAUCGGCGAGGCCAAGGAGUGGAUCGAGGACGUGAUCCAGAAGGCCAUCCCUCCUAUUAUAGAGCUGGAAGAGGCGCUAAGAGACGGUGUCACGCUGGCCGAGGUCGUCGAAGCGCUCAACCCGCACCGUCGGUACAAGAUAUUCCGGCAUCCUAAGCUGCAGUACCGGCAUUCGGACAAUAUCGCCAUCUUCUUCAACUACCUCGACGAAGUGCAGUUGCCCGAACUGUUCCGCUUCGAGCUGAUAGACCUGUAUGAGAAGAAAAACAUCCCCAAGGUCAUCUACUGCAUCCACGCGCUCAGCUGGCUGCUCUACCGCAAAGGCAUCGUCACAUUCCGCAUCGGCAAUCUGGUCGGCCAGCUAGAGUUCGAGCACCACGAGCUGGAGGCUACACAAAAGGGUCUCGAUAAGCUCGGAGCCAACGUGCCUAGCUUCGGCAAUAUGGGCGCCGACUUUGGCAUCGAGGAACCCCCGGAACCGGAAGAAACAGAGGAAGAGCGCAUCGAGCGAGAACUCGCCGAGCAAGAAGCCAUCAUCACCGACUUCCAGGCCCAGAUCCGCGGCGCCAUGUGCCGCGUCAAGCUCGGCCACAUGAUGCAGCACCUCUGGGACAACGAGGAGUGGCUGAUCGACCUGCAGUCGCGCAUCCGCGGCGAUUUUGCCCGCCAGAUCUACGGCUACCGCCUCGAGAUGCGCCGGUUUGCCACCCACCUGCAGGCGGCUGCGCGCGGUUUCCUCGUACGUCGACGUCUCGCCAUCGACGCCUGGGCGACCGACCUGCAGAGCGUCGCGCGCGGGUUCCUCGUGCGCCGCCGCCAGCGCCGCACGAAGCAGAUCGCCAAGCACGUCGAGAAGGACAUCCUCAAGCUGCAGAGCCUGCUGCGCGCGACGAAAGUGCGCAGCGAAGUCCAGGAGAAGCGCGCCCAGCUCGAGAUGGCCGCCGGCCCGAUCCGCCACAUCCAGGCCAAGAUGCGAGGGUUUCUCGUCCGCCAGAAGAUGCUGGCGCAGGAGCAGGAGGUUCAGCAGACGACCGCGCCGGCGGUUGCUAGUCUGCAGGCUGCGGUGCGCGGGUUCCUGCAGAGGAAGAAGCUCGAUGCCGAGAAGGCGGAGCUGCGGCUUGGGACGCCGGCUAUUACGGAGCUGCAGGCGGGUAUUCGCGCGGCGCUGCUGAGGAAGAAGAUCGGCGAGCAGCAGGAGGAGCUGGAGGACCUGACCCCGGUGUGGACGGCAUUGCAGGCCGCUGCCCGGGGUAAGCUGGCUAGGGGCAAGGUGCGAGGCGUGCAGGCUGAGCUGCGGCAGCAUGUGCCGGAUUUGGGGAAGCUGCAGGCUGCUAUCCGAGCUGCGGCGGUGAGGAGGGAGAUUUCGGAUAAGCUGGACUGUCUCGCGGAGUGUGAGGAGGAGAUUGUUGCGCUGCAGGCGAAUAUCAGAGGCAUGUUGGAGAGGAAUCGGAUCUCGAACCUGCUGGAUGCCCUGGAGGCCGAGGAGCCGGCGAUUGUGCAGCUGCAAGCGCAUAUUCGGGGUGCGAUGCAUCGGCAGAAGGAGUCGGCUUUCUUGGACGAGCUGGCGUCUCACGAGGAGGAAAUUGAGCAGCUGCAGGCUCUGGCUAGGGCUGUGCUCACGAGAGUCCAGGUCGGCCGGAUUCUGGAUGAGUUGGAUGAGUGCGAGCCCAUCAUCACCGAGCUCCAGGCCGCUGCCAAGGGCUACAUUAUCCGCGCUAGAUUCGAGGACAAGCGGCGGCACUACCUGGAGAACAUGCAGAAGGUGGUCAAGAUCCAGAGCUUGGUGCGCGCCAAACUCCAGGGCCAGGCCUACAAGAGUCUUAUCUCCGGCAAGAAUCCGCCUGUCAACGCCGUCAAGAACUUCGUCCACUUGCUCAACGAUAGUGACUUUGACUUCAACGAAGAGGUGGAGUUCGAGCGCCUGCGCAAGACGGUCGUGCAACAGGUCCGCCAGAACGAGAUGCUCGAGCAGUACAUCGACCAGCUCGACAUCAAGAUCGCGCUGCUCGUCAAGAACAAGAUUACCCUGGACGAGGUCAUCAAGCAUCAGCAUACACUGGGCGGCCAUGCCAGCAGUCUGCUUGCGAAUACCCCGAUUGCUAGCACGAACCAGUUCGAUCUCAAGGCGCUCAACAAGGGCUCCCGGCGCAAGCUCGAACUCUACCAGCAGCUGUUCUUCCUGCUGCAGACCCAGCCACAGUACCUGGCCCGUCUGUUCCGUCGCCUGCGCGAGGAGGGCACGCCUGAGAAGGAAUGCAAGCGCAUCGAGCAUCUGAUGAUGGGGCUGUUCGGGUACGCCCAGAAGCGCAGAGAAGAGUACUACCUUCUCAAGUUACUAGGGCGCUCGAUCCGCGAGGAGGUCGACGCCUGCUCCACGCUACACGACUACCUGCGCGGCAGCUUCUUCUGGAUGCGGCUCUUCAACAGCUACACGCGCUCGCCCCGCGACCGCAAGUUCCUGCGCGACCUGAUGGGCCCGCUGAUCCGCGACAACAUCAUCGAUGAUCCGGAACUGGACCUGGAGAGCGACCCCAUGCAGAUCUACCGGUCGCUGAUCAACAAUGAGGAGCUGAGGACGGGUCGUCCCAGCCGCAGGCCCCUCGACAUCCCCCGCGAGCUCGCCAUCAAAGAUCCGGAGACGAAGGCAGUCUUCAUCGAUCACCUGCGCGACCUGCGCGAGAUUUGCGACCAGUUCUUGAUCCUGCUGGAGGAUCUCCUCCCGCGCAUGCCGUACGGCCUGCGGUUUGUGUGCAGGCAAACGUUCGAGUCUCUCGCGCAGCGCUUCCCGAGGGAGGAUCACGCCCGGUUGUUGCAGAUCGUGAGCAACUGGCUGUGGCGGUUCUACCUCCAACCUGCCCUCACGGCGCCCGAGAAUGUCGGCGUCAUCGAGCGCCAGCUGAGCCCCCUGCAGAAGCGCAACCUAGGCGAGGUGGCCAAGGUGCUUGGGCAGAUUGCCUCCGGCCGGCCCUUCGGCGGCGAAAACAUCUACCUGCAGCCGCUCAACGCCUUCGUCGCCGAGUCCGUCGACCGCCUGACCCAGCUCACCGAGGCCAUCAUCUCGGUCGCCGACGCGGAAGCGACCUUCGACAUCGACGAGUUCAACGACCUGUACGCGAAGAACAAGCCCACGCUGUACAUCAAGAUGAGCGACAUCUUCGCCAUCCACAAUCUCGUCGCCUCGCAGCUGCCGGUCAUCUCCCCGAAUAGGGAUGACAUCAUCCGCGAGAUUGUCCACGACCUGGGGAGCGCCAAGCACAAUGAGAGCGAGAUGACCGCGGCCGGGUCGUCGGAUAUCCAGCUGUUCCUCACGCCGAAGCUGCAGAAUCUCGAGGAUCCCGACGCUGACGUGAAAGCCCUCUUCAUGGAGACCAAGCGCUGCAUCCUGUACAUUAUUCGUGUGCAGACGGGCGCGAAUCUCAUGGAGAUCCUCGUGAAGCCGAUCACGCCCGAGGAUGAGAAUAAGUGGCAGGCUGUCCUCAGGGAAGACUUUGCCAACGGCUCGAAGGGCGCCUACUCCGAUGCGAACAUGGAUAUCUCGACCAUGUCGUACAUGGAGCUGAAGAGGACCGCGCUGGAGAACGUCAUGCGCCUGGAGCAGAUGGGUCGGAUCACGCGCAAGAAUCAUUACCAGGAUAUACUGAAUGCGAUCGCGCUCGAUAUUAGGACGAAGAGUCGCCGGCGCGUGCAGAGGCAGCGUGAGUUGGAAGGUGUAAGAAUGACGCUGAGUAAUUUACUCGAGAAGGCGAAGUAUCUCGAACAGCAGCGCAAGAGUUAUGAUGAUUAUAUCGAGCAGGCGAUGUUGACGUUGCAGAAUAAGAAGGGUAAGAAACGUUUCCUCCUUCCCUUCACGAAACAAUACAAUCACCAGCGCGAGCUCGAGCGCUCCGGCCGCGUCCCUAAAUUCGGCUCCUACAAGUACAGCGCGCGCGCCCUAUCCGACAAGGGCGUCCUCGUCUCCUGGCAGGGCGUGCCCGAGCGCGACUGGGGAAGUAUCAACCUCACCAUCUCGUGUGACGAGGUCGGCGUGUUCGUGUUGGAAGGGAGCAAGGGACAUAUUCAAAUCCCCGGCGCGAGCGCGGUCGUGUCCAUUGAGGACCUGUUGCAGGCGCAGUUUGAGACACGGCAGUUUAUGAAUCUUUUUGAGGGGGGCGCGCUGAAGUUGAAUGUGAACUUGUUGUUGCAUUUGGUGUAUAAGAAGUUUUAUAGGACGCAGUGA